AUGGAUUUCCGAGAAGUGAUUGCUGCUGAUAUAAAUACUUUGCAAUCAAGGUUGACCGACCUCUUCAACAUUUCUAGAAAUGGAGUGCCUUUAGCAUUUCUGCAAGAGUUGUGCGAUGUUCUUAAUUCAUUCCAACAUGAAUACCGGUCAGCAUUAAAACAAUUCAAAUUGAGAACAAUAAACUUAUUGGUCGUCAGAAAUGUGUACAAAAGUUCAUGCGAUACGAAAAUUGGUUUAUGGAUUGAAGAACUAAAUGAUUUUAUCUAUAAAUUUGAAAAUUCUAAGCGGACCGGAGCCAACUCACACGAUGCUGAAUAUCGUUUUCAGUAUUCAACUUCAAUAGAAGCCUCAGAUUUACAUCGUGAUUGUUAUCAAUCCUCCUACUGUUCAAUGCCAAUUAAUGAAAAGUGUGUGUCAAUACAGAAUUUACAAUAUGUUUAUUACAUUGAUAAGAUAAAUCAAAAUAUACAAAGAACAUGGAGUUCACUAUAUGAUUGUUAUUGGUUGGUAUUAACAUCCACAUUAUCCGAAUUGAAUGCUUAUUUACCAAGUAUCAACAGUGAAUGGAUCGAAAAGGAUGCUGUGAGAAGACUUCAAGAGCAUGAUCGUCGUCUACAGCGUGAAAUGUCACGAAUGGUAUCAGCUCAUGAACGUCAACAAGCUGUAUUGAAGCGUCGUAUUGAAGUCGCAGCAGCUGCUGAACGUCGACUCAAGGAAUUGUUGUUACGCCGGAAAGACAAUGAAUUACUAAAUUCUCGACAGCCUGGUACACCAAUACCUCGACAAAGCCAUAAUCAUAAUAUUAAUGAUUCAUUCAUUUUAUCAUCAAGUAAUACUAAUGAUGAUAAAAAUACUAAUGGACACUUAACAAAUAAUAACCAUAAUAUAUCACCUGAUUUUAUUAAUAAACGUUCACAUAUCAAUUGUAAUGCUACUGAUUCAGAUGAACCUGAAAGUAAAGUUAUAAAAUCUGAAAGUGAAUGGAAUCCUCGUUUCAAAGGAGACAAAGAAAACACUAAUGUGAGAAGACUUCAAGAGCAUGAUCGUCGUCUACAGCGUGAAAUGUUACGAAUGCGUCGUAUUGAAGUCGCAGCAGCUGCUGAACGUCGACUCAAGGAAUUGUUGUUACGCCAGAAUGACGUGAAACAGGAACGUGAUAAACGUCCAUCAGAAGUUAAUAAUCCUAAAAGUUUUGAGCUCACACCUCAAACCUGUACCCAACUGGUUACAACUUGUCAUUACAACACAAAGAUACUAACUCACCUUUUAGGAUUAUUAACUUCUGAUGGACGUUUAUCACGUUCCUGUUUCACGUCAUUCUGGCGUAACAACAAUUCCUUGAGUCGACGUUCAGCAGCUGCUGCGACUUCAAUACGACGCUUCAAUACAGCUUAUUGAGGUUCAUGAGCUGAUACCAUUCGUAACAUUUCACGCUGUAGACGACGAUCAUGCUCUUGAAGUCUUCUCACCUAAACAACAACAAUGAAUAAUAAUAAUAAUGUCAUAUUUGGGCUAGAUCUCCUCUGUUGGUUAAUUUAU